AUGACCACCAGCCCUUCUUCAACACCCCUUGAGAUUGCUGAGGUGUCGCAAGAGUGGUCUCCCAUCAAAAAGCGUAUGUACAAGACUCAGGUCUGUAAGUAUUUCAUUCGUGGUCGCUGCCUUCACGGCCCUCUAUGUGCCUUCGCCCAUUCGGUUGACGAGCUGAAUAGAAAGCCCAACCUCUCGAUGACUAAGUUCUGUGCUAAACCGAAAUGCUCCCGACUGCCACAUCGAGUGUUCCGUGUCCUGCAUCAGGAGUAG